GGGACCGGGGUGGGGCCACGUGACCGGGAGAGGAAGGCCCGGCGGCCCCCGGCCCAGGUGUGCGGGGCGGAGGGGUGCCCGCGCUCGGCGCUCAGCCUGCCAUAGCGCGCGGGGGAGGCCGGAGCCAGGGAUCCGGGGAGGCCCGCGUCCCGCCGGGUUUCGCUUUGAGGACGCAGGUGCGGCCGAGCUGCCGUCCUUCCGGGCGCGGGGCGGGGCGCCCACCUCGGGGCGAUCCAGGUGUUCCUUACCUGGGAGGUCUUCUGUCUUAGUUUCGGCCUCGUUGGGGCGGAAUCUCUAAAGAGAGUGGGCUUCAGCCAGAAACGCGAAGACGAACGCCUAGCCGGCGCGGGCAGAACCGAGGACACAAUGAGAUUUGUGGGACCGGGCGCCCAGAGGCUGGCGCAGGGGAGACCCCACAGCGAAAAUGCUCGGUACCCCCGGACAGUCGUGGGUUAGUUAGAACUGCAGAGCCCUUCCUGACCCCUCGGAAGCGCAGAAGUAUCCGAAAUUACCCGUUUCUUGGGUCCAGCAAAACUUUUAAGCCAGGUGUGAAAAUCACAAAUGUCGUCAAAUGAUGGAAGAUCCAGGAAUCGGGACAGGCGCUAUGAUGAGGUACCAAACGACCUGCCUUAUCAAGAUAGCACCAUAAGAACCCACCCAACUCUCCAUGACAGUGAGCGGGCAGUGAGCGCUGAUCCCUUGCCACCACCCCCUCUCCCAUUACAGCCACCAUUCGGCCCAGACUUCUACUCAAGUGACACAGAAGAACCAGCUAUAGCGCCAGAUCUCAAACCAGUAAGGCGCUUUGUCCCCGACUCCUGGAAGAACUUUUUCAGAGGGAAGAAAAAGGACCCCGUAUGGGAUAAGCCAGUGUCUGAUAUCAGGUACAUCUCCGAUGGAGUGGAGUGUUCACCACCAGCCUCUCCAGCAAGACCAAACCACUGUUCGCCCCCCAACUCCUGCAAAGAUCCCUACGGAGGGUCAGAAGGAACGUUUAGUUCCCGGAAAGAGGCUGACGCAGUGUUUCCCCGGGAUUCCUAUGGAUCUCUAGACCGACACACACAAACAGUUCGAACAUACAGUGAGAAGGUGGAGGAGUACAACCUGAGAUACUCCUACAUGAAGUCGUGGGCAGGCCUGCUGAGAAUACUGGGUGUGGUGGAGCUGCUUUUGGGGGCCGGUGUCUUUGCUUGUGUCACAGCUUACAUUCACAAGGACAGUGAGUGGUACAACUUGUUUGGAUAUUCACAACCGUAUGGCAUGGGAGGCGUUGGUGGACUGGGCAGUAUGUAUGGGGGCUAUUACUACACUGGCCCUAAGACCCCUUUUGUACUCGUGGUUGCUGGAUUAGCUUGGAUCACCACCAUUAUUAUUCUGGUUCUUGGCAUGUCCAUGUAUUACCGGACCAUUCUUCUGGACUCUAAUUGGUGGCCCCUAACUGAAUUUGGAAUUAACGUUGCCUUGUUUAUUUUGUAUAUGGCCGCAGCCAUAGUCUAUGUGAAUGAUACCAACCGAGGUGGCCUCUGCUACUAUCCGUUAUUUAAUACACCAGUGAACGCAGUGUUCUGCCGGGUAGAAGGAGGACAAAUAGCUGCAAUGAUCUUCCUGUUUGUCACCAUGAUAGUUUAUCUCAUUAGUGCUUUGGUUUGCCUAAAGUUAUGGAGGCAUGAGGCAGCUCGGAGACAUAGAGAAUAUAUGGAACAACAGGAGAUAAAUGAGCCAUCAUUGUCAUCAAAAAGGAAAAUGUGUGAAAUGGCCACCAGUGGUGACAGACAAAGAGACUCAGAAGUUAAUUUCAAGGAACUGAGAACAGCAAAAAUGAAACCUGAACUACUGAGUGGACACAUCCCCCCAGGCCACAUUCCUAAACCUAUCGUGAUGCCCGACUAUGUGGCAAAAUACCCUGUGAUUCAGACAGAUGAUGAGCGAGAACGCUAUAAAGCUGUGUUCCAAGACCAGUUUUCAGAGUACAAAGAGCUGUCUGCAGAAGUUCAGGCUGUCCUGAGGAAGUUUGAUGAGCUGGAUGCAGUGAUGAGCAGAUUGCCACAUCAUUCGGAAAGCCGACAGGAACAUGAGAGAAUUUCAAGAAUCCAUGAAGAGUUUAAGAAAAAAAAGAAUGAUCCUACAUUUCUGGAAAAAAAAGAACGCUGUGAUUACCUAAAGAAUAAACUUUCUCACAUAAAGCAAAGAAUUCAAGAAUAUGAUAAAGUAAUGAAUUGGGAUGUACAAGGUUAUUCUUAACCCUUAUUUGAAACCACUUUAUUUUUUAUUUUAUUUUAUUUUUUGAGAUGAAGUCUCGCUCUGUUACCCAGGCUGGAGUGCAGUGGCACGAUCUCGGCUCACGGCAACCUCCACCUCCCGGGUUCAAGCAAUUCUCCUGCCUUAGCCUCCCCAGUAGCUGGGAUUACAGGUGUGCGCCACCACGCCUGGCUAAUUUUUGUAUUUUUAGUAGAGGCGAGGUUUCACCAUGUUGGUCAGGCUGUGAAACUACUUUUUUUUUUUAAAUAGCAAGUUUACUAUUUAUUUACUGUCUUUUUAAUGCUAGCCUCUGUGGUAGAGAAGCAAGCGCUUCCCGAAUCAGCUUCCAAUUGGUUUAACCAGUAUGCAACAUUAAAGAUUUUACUCAGACAUUUUUAAACAAAUUCAAAUGUACUAAGGGCCUUUACUAAGAAUGGAAAAAAUCCUGUGUUCAUCUUUCAUCUGUGACCAAUUUCAUAUUCAUCUAUCUCAUUUAAAUGUGUCAUCAUUUUAGAGAUCGUAUCCUGGCAGUGUGAUGGGCAAGUGGACUAUUAAUUCUGGUGCUACUUUUUCCUUUUUUUCUCAGGCAGGUUCCUAGGAUUUUUCUGGGACAAAUUUCUCUUCCUAGAGAAAUUCCUAGGGGAUUUCUAAAGGAUUUUUCUAAGGGAAAAAGAGUGACAUCUUUCAAAGGUAUCAUUUAUUCCCUUGAAAGGUGUUUGAAUCCCAGAUCAACAUUUUCAGACAUCCUGAUCUUGGGCAAAUUGCUUAAUCUCUCUGUGCCUGUUCCCUCUUCUGUAAAAUGGGGCUAGUAAUAGUCCCUUCCUCAUAGAGUUGUUGGGAUUAAAGGAGUUACUAAUAUGGUAGGGACUAUAUUAGUGUUUGUGAAGUCUACAGAAGUGUUUGUGAAAUGAAUAAAUUAUAAAGAAUGAGUCUCAAGAAAAGGUCCUUAAUGAGCAAGCCCAACCUACUUAACCAAAAGCCCAAGUGUCUGGUCCCUUUCUGUUUUGUGGUGUUAACUCAUGGCCUUAGCCUGAUGCUUCACUGUGGCUCUGUGGCCCCUGGGGUUCCACUUGGCCUCCCUGUCUUUCAUCAGUGUGACUGUACAUCUCUCCAUCUCCCCACAGUCCAGCCUGCCCUGGACACAUUGAAUUGUAUGAAUGGUAUUGCUUUUCUUUUUUUUUUUUUUUGAGACGGAGUCUCGCUGUGUUGCCCAGACUGGAGUGCAGUGGCGCGAUCUCACCUCACUGCAAGCUCUGCCUCACGGGUUCAUGUCAUUUUCCCGCCUCAGCCUCCCGAGUAGCUGGGACUACAGGCGCCUGCCACCACGCCUGGCUAAUUUUUUGUAUUUUUAGUAGAGAUGGGGUUUCACUGUGUUAGCCAAGAUGGUCUCGAUCUCCUGACCUCAUGAUCCGCCCACCUCAGCCUCCCAAAGUGUUGGGAUUACAGGCGUGAGCCACCAUGCCUGGCUGGUAUUGCUUUUCUGUCCCCUUUGGACAUACAUGCUACAGUCCCAUGAGGUACCAUUUCCUUGGAAACUCCCUUUGAAUUUUUGAAUUUUUGGGAUACUUCAUCUUUCUUUCUUUCUUUCUUUCUUUCUUUUUUGAGAUGCAGUUUUGCUGUUGUUGCCCAGGCUGGAGUACAGUGGUAUGAUCUUGGCUCACAGCAACCUCUGCCUCCUGGGUUCAAGUGAUUCUCCUGCCUCUGCCUCCCAAGUAGCUGGGAUUGCAGGCACCCACCACCACGCCCAGCUAAUUUUUUGUAUUUUUCGUAGAGACAGGGGUUUCACCAUGUUGGCCAGGUUGGUCUCAAGCUCCUGACCUCAGAUAAUCCACCAGCCUCAGCCUCCUGAAGUGCUGGGAUUCAGGUGUGAGCCACCGCGCCCAGCAGGGAUGCUUCAUCUUUCUAGGAAUUAUCUUGGCUUUGGACUUUAUUCAUAAGAAAUGUUUUAUUUCUGUUAGUAUGAACAAUAGACUGCCUUAACAAAGUUUUUCUUUAAACAAAAUCGUUCUUGUUGGAUUUUAUUCAGCAGCGUCUAUCAUGUAGAUAAAUUCCCAGGUGUAGCAUUACAACUUCUGACUAAUAUAGCUGCCAUUCAGACAAUUAAUGUUCAAAGAGUUUUCUAAAGUGAUAAAACCAAAGAAAAGCAUGUGGAAAAGCAGAAGCUUAGGAAGUUGUGGUCACUGAAUGCACUCCCUGGUUUUUAUGUGUCAGUGAAAUCUUUAUGCAUUCAUUGUUAAUAUUUUAAUUCCAUGGCUUCCCAGGCUGUGCUGUGUCUAAAGGGGUAACACCUAGGGAAGCAUGAGGCCCCUUAUGGGACCCCCUAAAUGGGGAGUCAAUACUUUCUAUUUUAUGUAUUGAGCCCUGUGUUAACAUUUCACUUAAGAAGAGCACCAGUGCUUUAAAAAAAAAAAAAAAAAAAAAAGAGGUAAAAUAUUACCAUUUUGAUAGACUGUAAAGAGUUAGAUUCCUGUUGAAGUGUUAAGGAAAUUUAACUUUGUGAAACUUGUAAAAUAAAGUUUAUAAGUGUAGCUAAUCUUUGAAAAACCAAUGUGGUAACACUGAUUUGUAAAUGUUGUGGUCAAUCCCUAGGUGCAUUAAAGUUUCAGUCACCUGC